AGCGAGUUCCAGUUCCGAACGAUCCCCCCGAGAAAGAAGUUUCAACUGCUCCGCUUUUUGGUUACCCUUCGAAAAGUGAGCGGUAUGACGAUCAUUUAUGCAACAACGGCUCCAGCCGACUGCAAAUCUGAAGCCAACUUUGCACCAUCUGCCCCAUGCGGCAGCUCUGGAUGUGCGCAGCAGCCACAGCCAGCCCAGACGGUGACUGUGACCGUUACACAAACACGUUUUAUGCGGAAUACAAAUCGGAGAACGCUUACGUCCUCAGCAAUUUUCUGGUUUCUGGUCUACGGAGGCAUGGACUUGGCCCAAAGUGUGGGCUGGAAUCAGCCCGUUAGCGUUAUUCUGCUAACGCCGGAAUAUCAAUACAGCUGGUUCAUCGGUGUCGUCAUUGGAGCCUGUGUGGCUGCACUCACAAUGACAUUCCUGCCAAAGAGCGCGUAUUAUCUCCUGGGUGGCAUUAUGCAGCUGACGGGUGCCAUUAUCUUCACGAGUGCCCCCUACGAGUACACAGCACUGCUGGCUGCCCGCUAUGUGGGGGUGGGCAUUGGUCUGAUCACAGUGCCAUUCCUCAUCCACGUCGGUGAGAUAUCCACACCGACACGCGGCGUUGACUCGGCGAUGGAACAGGUUGGCUUGGCCAUGGGUCUCUGCAUCCAGGUGAGCUACGACACGGAAUGGUCGCUGUCCCUGGACAUAUCCACGAACCUGGCCCACGGCAUUGUGGGCAUUGUCUUUUCGUUGAUUGGCUUGCUGGUCACCCUGGUGUCCGUGGAGUCGCCCGUCUUUUAUAUACGCCGCAACCAGGAGGAGAAGGCGCGACAGUGCCAGCAGAUGCUGGUGGCCGGCAAUCUUCCGAACACCGUCAACGCGCUGUUCGAGGAGGCCAGGCUGUAUGUGGUGGAGAGCGAGAGCCGGAGCCUCGGCGAGGAGCUGUCCGCUUCCGUGAUGCCCUUCUGCAAGCUCUUUUUCUUCCGCUGCUUCGUGGCGUUCACCCUCUCCCUGCCCCUGACCUGGUCCAUCGUGGGCAGCACUGCCAUCUCCGAGGGCACCGUCAACGCCUGGCCCCUCUAUGUGUGGAGUGCAAUGCGUCUCAUCAGCACCCUCUUCGCCGCCUGUGCCCUGGACACUCUCGGGCGCAAGGGCGUCUCGCUGUUGGGUCUGCUCUGCAUGGCCGGCCUCAUGCUGGGCAUGGCAGGGAUUUAUGCCACUCCGGCCAACAUCUACAGCUGGUACUACAUGGGGCAGGUGUGCAACCUGGGACUGGCCUUCCAGGCCUUUGCCGGACUCUUCAUCUGCAGCUCCUGCCCCUAUCUGGGCGAGGCGUUUCCCAUGAGAGUCAAACCCUUCUUCGUUGGCCUCAUCGUGGCCUGCGAACAGGUGAUCCACAUCAUCGUGAUAGUCGCCUUCAAGCCCACAACGGAGUACCUGUUCCAGUACUUCCUCAUCGUGGGCAUUAUCAUGCUGCUGGGCCUGAUAUUCUUUGCGGUUGCCAUGCCGGAGACCAAGAAACUGACGCUGCGAAAGGCUGGCGAGCUCUUCCAGAGAGUGCAUAAUGUUAACCCCUACUAGCCUUAAGUGUCGUUCGAUUGUUUGCACGAUUAAUGUUAAAUAAACUGUUAGAAAU